GCCAGCUGUUUGGCCAAAGAGAGUCAGUGCUUUGUGAUUGAGUGGUGUGGAUGGCCAUUUAUUUGAGAUUAUCUCACAUUUUUAGUUGUAAAAACUUUUGGUGAUGCCCCACAAUGGAUGGAGUUAUGUUUGUGAUUUGCAUUCCCACCGAGGUGGAGGAGAAGAAAAUGCUCAAGAGAUGUGAAACCAUCGCCCAAUCUCAAGCCUCAACGCCACUCAGAGCGCCGGAUUUUCAGCCCAACAAGGGAACCAACAAAGUUCAAGAUUUGCAUACACCCCCGAUUGAGCAGAAAAAUACAUCCACAGAGCACCUGUUGAAGGUUGAAGGGGACCCCGUGGUUACCAUAAAGACACCCACGCUCAAUGUGCCACCCCUCACAGAGGGAUUCUUCCCAUCGAGCCGUAGAUCAUCCCUGCGCAACAAGACAUGCCAUGGGAAGAAAACGAAGAACGUCAAUUGGGCAACGCUGGACAUCCCGAGUGAUUCUUCCAUGCAAGCUGUUGUUGAGGAACUUUUAAAGCGGACAAAGAUAGAAAAUGCCACAUGGACGGAGAUAAAUAAUGGCCGUAAGCUGAAGGUUGCUUUCUCCCUGGAAGUUGGUCAGAAAUGUGAGCGUGUCAAGCAGACGCUCCUGGAAUGGGGAAUUGGUGUCCGGGAGGGCUCAAUUCUCACCCUCACGCCGUGCUUCUUCUUCAGUUCUGCCUCCCAAACGGCAGCCACAAACUCUGAUGAUUCUCUCGAAGAAGAUUGCCAGAAGGGUGGCGGUUGGGAGCGCUUUGUAGCCUCAAUGACGGCGAGAUUUAAUGUGGCACAACUCGUUGAGGAAGUUCGCUACAAUGCAGAGCUGCGAUUUGAUUUUGUUUCCCUCCUCGUUAUUGCAUCAAUAUUAGCUGGAUUUGGUCUGGUGGAAGACAAUCCGCUUUUCCUGGCUGCCAGUAUGCUCAUCUCCCCACUUAUGGGCCCAAUUAUUGCCGCUAUUUUCGGGACAGUAAUCAAAGACCACAAACUUCAGCGCUUGGGAUUAAUUAAUGAGCUUUUGGGAAUUUUAAUGGCCACACUUGUAGGCUUCAUUUUCGGCCUGAUCAUCUGCAGCGUGGAUCAUCGCUACGGCAUUGGGGAGGGUCUUACGCAAGAAAUGUUGAGCCGGUGUGAGCUACAUUCCCUCCUUGUUGGUGUUUUGAUUGCCAUCCCUUCAGGAGCAGCAGUGGCCAUUGGGAUUUUGGGUGAAAAUGUUGGUUCCCUAGCUGGAGUUGCCAUUUCGGCGUCUCUCCUCCCACCAGCUGUGAAUUCUGGGCUCAUGUGGGCCCUUGCAUGCUUGUACAAAAUCUACGAGGCCGAUGGGAAGCGCUACAAUUCCAUUGUCAACACCAAUUACUACUCCAAUCAUCAGUCCAUUGAGGUGGCCAUCAUGGGCUCAAUUAGUAUGUGCGUUACGAUCACCAAUGUGAUCAGUAUCUAUGUGAUGGGCGUGAUCUUCCUGCGAAUUAAGGAAGUUGCCCCAAUGGCUACGCAAAAUUAUCGCCAAUUCUGGAAGCACGACGUCAAGAUUGCCCGGGAUUACAAUAAAACCUGCCAAGUGGAUGAUGCAACGAGUCUUCGUCAAAAGCUCGCCGAUGAAAUUGCCGGCUUUGAGGCGCAGAGCGACAAUCGUGGUCAGGGUGCUCGGGCAGAAAUUGUGAGGCGUCUAACACAGGGUCCAAUGCCGUCGUUGUACCAUCAUCAGCACACUUGGUCACCCCUAACGCAUGCCGCUCAAUACCGUCCAACUAUACAAGAAAUGGAGACACUCCUCAUGAAUCCCGAUACCCAUCGCAAUCACAGGUGCCUCAGUCAUCUCUAUUCACCCCCACGACGGAGUCCACCACGAGCCCUGGCCACAGAACGCUUCUACAGGCGACGCUGCUCAAUGCCAUCCAACCCUGUUCCAGGCGCCACCAAGAGCUCAAUCUUCAUGAAGUAUACCCAGGAUACGAGGCUAGAUGCCAUCGCUGAGACAUCAGCCCGCAUUGGUGAUGGCUCACGUGGCUCACGGAGUGGCAGUGAAACUGAGCGAGGGAGAAAUUUUAUUGUCGUGCCGGUCCAGAAUCAGGAAUAAAAUUCAUUUUCAGCCA